AUGCUGAGUAAUGGUUGUGUUGCUCAUUAUACAACACAAGGUGAAAAGAGCUUUUUCAAUCAGAAACGAGAACUUUUUAACUUUAAAAAUGCAUUUAGUUCCAAUCCACAACUUCAUGUUGUUCUAGGUUUUCCUAGUAGUGGGAAAACCAAAUUGGUCCAUGAGGUAACGAGUAAAGGCGAUUUCAACCCUCUUUUUAUCAACUGCCGUCAAGGACAAUUUGACACACCAAAGACAAUUUAUGAUUCAAUUUCUUUGCAAUUCCAACCAUUUUUCAAGAGACAUACAAAGUUCUUGACAGAAAUGCUUCAACAAGGGGAAAUCAGCGCUGUGAUGGAUGAUUUACAGUUAAAAUUUAAGCCAUUUGGUGGGAAUCCGUUUAAUGAAAAAGAAAUUACUUCUGAUGAUGUCAGAAAGUUGAUUAAUAAUAUUUCAUGUGCCCUUCCAAAUUGGAACUUUUGGAAUGGCUAUAACAUACCCCCACCCAUUUUAAUCAUUGAUGAAGCAAACAUGUUUAACCAACUUAUGGGUUCAAAAGAAGAAGAAAAGCUUCUCAAAUCAAUUCUGAAUUGGUUGGUUGUGAAUACAAAACAAAAUGAACAUUUCCACGUAGUACUUACCUCUUCUGAUUCAUUCUUUCUUAACUGGAUCGUAGAUCAUAA